AUGGGCAAGUUGAUUUGGAGUGAUUGGGCACGACUAGUCGCCCUUACCGCUGGCUAUUGGAACCUGUGGGGAGCCUUGUGGGGUUUAUUUUAUCGGAAAUACUUUUGGGAUUUCAUUGGCGGUAAACUAGGGCCAGCUGGUAUAAUUCCACCGGGAUUUGCGGCGCCAUUCAUUGAAUUAAUUGUCACGCUUCCAAUCAUUCAAGGAGCUUGUAUCGUUUGUGGCCUACUUACCGUCCUAUUCGAAUGGCCGGUGCUUCCUGCAACGUUUCUAUAUCGGAAUCUGACGUUUAAAACGGUCUUCUACUGCUUUUCUGCAGUCCUUGCUGGUUUGGUUUAUCAGACUGCAGAUGCAACUGUAAUCUACGGGGUAGCAAUUCUGGCCUACAUUGUAGCAAUAGGCAAAGGCGAAAUUGUUGGAGACAAAGCAACUGAUGAUUCAACAGUUUAGACACGUCGUCUCAGUCAACCACGCCCCGCAACGGCCGACAAACCUGAAGCCUGCGAUAAUUUUCAAGUCACCUACCUGCCACUGGAUGGUAUCAGGAGCGGCCUUACACUCGACAGUUCUGUUUCUGUAGCAAUCAACACCCAUGUCAACAACAACAAAAUUUCUCCCAGGGGCCUUCCAAUUCAAAAAUGCACCAUUCAAGCACAUCUGCCUUUGUUCAAAG